AAACAAACAACGAUCGGAUUAAUGGGUUCACACUUUCCGAAAAGGCCCUGACGUAUCCCAAAUGGCACCUUCUUAAAUUGUCAUAAUUUUGUCAGUGAUUUUUGAAUUAUUUAGUUAAUUGAGUUAUUAGUGGUAUUUAAGUGAAAAUUUCUCAGUAAAUACAAUAAUGAGCACGUAUCAAGGAAGACCUUUGCCAAUGGAGAUGUUUCCCGGCUGUUUUUUCCGUGAACAUGAUAUGCUAGCUGAUCAUAGAUCGCAGAGAUCUUGUUGGCGAAGAUACAUAUUGUCCUUUUUGGCUGGAAUAAUAACUGUUGGGAUAUGCUGCUUUGGUUUAUAUUAUUUUCAGCCACCGUUAAUAAGCCAGUUUUUACAGAAGCAACUACCAAAGGCAAGAAACAAGUAUGUUAUCGUCGAAGAUACCACUUUAAUAGAAACUCGUCAAUAUGAUAUGAUAGAGCUCGCAAAAUCAAGGGACACAUGCAUCAGGACAUUGAACACUUUCAAAGAAGAAAUUGUUAUCUUGAAAGAACAAAUGGCCACUAUCAGUAAUUGGAGGACCAAUGUCAAUGGACAGUUGACAAAAAUACAAUGGGAACAAGAUGCAAAAAUCAACAGUGCUAUAGAUGAAGCUUUAGAUAUUUUUGAGGCUGAUGGACUUGGUGAAAUGGACUAUGCUGCUACAUACGCAGGCGGUAAAAUUCUAGAAAUCUCAAGAGACACGUUUCCAAUGGCUAGCUUUCAAACAAUGUCGCUAUUAAGAUUAUUCAAAGUCGAACUUCACAGUAAUCCUGAAGAAAUCAUACGGACGUGCGUCUUACCAGGAUGUUGUUUUGCUUUCAGUGGAUCCACUGCUUCAAUUAAAAUCAGGCUUGGAAAACCAAUAAUAAUUGAUGCUGUUACUUUGAGUCACGGUUCUAAUAGGCUUUUGAAUCAGGAAGGUAUGAGUACUGCCCCAAAAGAUUUUGAAGUUUAUGGAUUCCAAACUGAGGACGACAUUACAGGCACUUUUCUAGGGAAAUUCACUUACAACUUGAAAGGCAGGCAACAUCAAAUGUUUAAAAUCAAAACGAAAUAUUCAAAAAAUCAUAUAUUCUACGCAGUAGAACUGGUAAUCUCGAGCAAUCAUGGAAAAACGGAUCUCACUUGCGUUUAUAGAUUUCGAGUGCACCAGAUGGAACUCGUUGAGCUUUCGGAAAGAGGCACCCGUGCGCCGCACACCCUACCAAAAAAAACAAAAUGUUGUUAAGUUAAUGUGCAUACUUUUAAUAAUAUAAUGUGACUAUGAAAUGUUUAAUAUGUAUUGCUUAUUGACAAUAAAAUAAAAUAAAUCUAAUAGCAUUUGAUAGGUGAUUAGCAAGUACAGGCCAAAAAUUUUGUCUCUUGCUAACCACUUUCCAAAUAGCAUAUAGAAAUUGUUAUUUGUUUUCAAAUUCAAUUUGGUGUUAAUAUAGGCACAUGCGUCGGAGUUGGAAGUAUUACAGUAAAUUCAGUUGAUACACCUAUUUUUACAGUUGCCCGUUCUUCAUCCGAGAUAUUUUUUGAUUUCUUGGUUGGUCUUCUUUUGGAAGUUUUGACUAAAACUUCCCCUGGCG